AUGUCUCAUAUAUUGUCUCUAUUUCCAUUUGCACGAACGGAAGAUUUUGGUAGUGAAUGCGAAGUAUUUGCUGCAACAUCUGACACUCUUAAUGGUAAAACUGGAGUAUUCAUGUCUGAUAUGAAAGAAGCACGUUCAAGCGAAGAAUCAUACGAUGUGGAGAAAGCAAAACGAUUGUGGGAUUUAAGCAAACAAUGGACACAUCUAAGUGCUUAA